AAAUAUAAAAAGAAAAUGUAAUCCAUGGAAAAUACAAGUGCUUUAAGUUUUCAUAUAAGUUUUUAAUCUAAUUACUAUUUUAUGAAAAUCAUUACAAUUUACAUUUUCAAUUUUAUUUGUAAAUUUAACUGUGUUCUUAUUAUAAUUAUCAUUUUAAAUUACUUUAAAUCCAUUGUUGACUCAUGGGCCCGACCGCAUUCCACUUUAAAUCCAUUGUUUCAAACUGUUUUUAAUUUUUCCCUCCCAUUUGGUCGUUAAAACUAUUGGAGUAUGUUGUUCAUCUUUCAAGCCCUCAAACUCACACAAAAUCUCUCUCUAAAGCUCACCAAAACACUCUCUCUCACAAACGGAAACCCCAAAUCCUUUUCACAACGCCAUACCACAACAACAAUGCCCAAUCUAAAGCCUCUCAACUCCAAGAUUUCAAGCUACAUGAGAAACGGCCUCGUCGAAGAAGCUCAGAAACUGUUUGAUAAAAUGCCUCUGAGAAAUACGGUCACGUGGAACGCGAUGAUUCGUGGGUACUUUAUAAAUGGGAGAUUUGUUGAAGCGGUCAAUUUCUUCGAUCAAAUGCCUGAAAGGGAUAUUUUUUCAUAUAACACAGUGAUUGAUGGGAUGAUGCAGUGUGGGGAUGUGGAUGGUGCCAGAGAGGUUUUUGAUGGGAUGCCAUUCAGAGAUGUUGUUACUUGGAAUUCAAUGGUUUCUGGGUAUAUUCGCAAUGGUAUGAUUUACAAAGCAGUAGAAGCAUUUGAUGGGAUGCUGUUGAAAGAUGUGAUUUCAUGGAAUGCCACAAUAUUUGGAUUAGGAGAAAAUGAUCAAGGUGAGGAAGGUUUAAAGCUGUUUAUUAGAAUGAAAGAAUCAGGUCCAUCUGCAGAUAAAGCUACAUUUACUAGUGUUUUGACAAUAUGUUCAGACUUGCCAACUUUACAGUUUGGAAAACAAACUCAUGCAGACGUUAUAAAAUCUGGUUUUAAUAGUUUCAUUUCAGUUUCCAACGCAAUGAUUACCAUGUAUGCAAGAUGCGGAAGCAUGCAUUCUGCUCUGCUGGAGUUCUCUUCCAUGUCAAGCCAUGACAUCAUUUCAUGGAAUUCUAUAAUAUGCGGCUAUGCACACCAUGGAAAUGCUGAAAAAUCCCUCGAGAUGUUUGAAAGAAUGAGAUUAACUGAUAUAAUGCCUAAUCAUAUAACCUUUGUUGGUGUCCUAUCUGCUUGUAGCUAUGCUGGGUUGGUAGACCAAGGUAGGUACUACUUUGAUUUCAUGAAAUCCAAGUGUUGUCUUCAGCCGGAAAUUGAACAUUAUACAUGUAUUGUUGAUUUGUUGGGGAGAUUUGGACUCAUAGAUGAGGCAAUGAACUUUUUAGAUCAAAUGAGAGCAGAUGGAGUUGAAGUUCCUGCAAGUGUUUGGGGAGCUUUGCUAGGAGCCUGUAGAAUUUACAAGAACAUUGAGGUGGGCAAGGUUGCUGGCGGGAGGGUUUUGGAAGUAGACCCUUGUAACUCUGGUGUGUAUUUGAUCUUGGCUGAAUUGUUUUUGAGCGGUGGAAAGAGAGAAGAAGCUGAAAAAAUUUGGGCUCAAAUGAAAGAGAAUGGAGUCAAGAAGCAACCAGGAUGUAGUUGGAUUGAGGUAAACCGCAGUGCACAUAUAUUUCUUUCAGGAGAUAGUUCACACCCUGAGUUCAGUAGAGUCUGUUGUGUUUUAGACUUGAUACACAUGGAGUUGGAGAUCAAAAUUUCAGAAUCAAAUGCUGUUUCAUUUCAACAGAUAAAAGUUCCAUUUGAUGGACAUUAUGGUUGAGAUCAUUUUUGCUCACAAUAUAUGUACCAUAUUGUUCGGAUCCAUGACUUAAAUACAAAGAACUUAUGGGUACAAGUUGAUGGGUUAAGGAUUAAGAUUUAAGAAGGACAUGGAUGGGGUUCUGGAGUUGUUGCUUUUGUAGAUUGGAGUUGCCAGUUAGAGGAUAAAUCAAGUUAAGUAAAAAUGUAACGUUGUCCCACAACCCAGUAGAACUUUGAAAUUUGGGUUGAUCACUUGAUUACUAAUCUUAAUACAUCGAAAUACAGAUGGGACCAAAUUAUCAUGCUGUUUCUUCAAGAGUAUAUAUACAAAGUGUGCUCAGGUGUAUGCCUCCUAGCAGAAAUGGAAGCAUGUCUAGUAAUGUUCAAGCAGAUCUUAGUUUUUAAUUUUCUGGGAUGCUUUAAGGAUUGCAACAAUAGCAGAGGAGGGAAACAAGAUUGCAAAAAGGUCGGCAGAAGAGAAGAGGUCGGUGAAAAAAGAUUUUGUAAUUACUUGUUUAUAAUUGGCUAAGAUUUAAUUUAGUGGUGAGCAUACAAGUUUGUAUCAAUAUAUUUUUAUAGAUAUUCAAAUAUGAUAGAGGCAAACAUUUUUAA